AAAUAUCUAUUUGAAAACCAUUCUAACGGUCUUGAUCAAACAAUUGCUUUCCCACAGUAAUUUUUGCAAUCACCCUACGGGCUAUUUCCAUACAAUAAUUUUGCAGCCCACUAUUGAUUGGCAUUGGAAUGUCGCACUGACAACUGCUUGUCAAAUGAGAAUGGCAUCAACAACAUGAAAGAUGGGGGAAUCGUCGUCGAAAAAGGACUCAUCUUACACAAACAACUUAGGCAAAGUUCGGCGCUCUCGCAGUGAAUUGAUUCGCAUGGCUCUAGGCGUUUAUUUGAAACAGAAGAAUUAUGUGGCCACCGAAAAGUAUAGAAAAUCAGAUUUCUGUCUAUCGCAGACGCCCAAGCAAUUCGUAUUCAACAAGAUGAUCGACGAAGAUAUUUCCCACUCGAAUUCGUUUCUCUAUUCAAAUGGACUGUGCCUGAAUAAUAAUCACACGACGGUGGAACAACAGUUUACAAAGUUUGUAGAGUUUGUACAAAAGCAAAAGGAACCCAUAAAGGAAGAACUCAGCAAUCUAUUCGGUCCUCUCAUCUGCCAUCUUUACAUCGAAUUACUUAAAGGGCGCGAAUGGAAACCAGCGUGGAAUUUUCUUCGAAACAACGCUCAUCACGUGGCAUCGGUUGAAAAUUUGAAUGCACCCCUCCCAAACAAGGUGAACGGAUGCUCAAUUAACAGCAAUUCCCACGAAGAAUCCUCUUCAUUUCCGAACGCCACCACACAAAUUCUCUUCUGCAGUGAAUCUACCGAAAAUCCUCAUCGAGAUCACUUCCGGGAUCUCAUUCAAAGCCUCUCAACGUGUUUGCGUAUUGAAUUAUGCGAAUCAAAUGAAGCAAUCGGAAUAUUUCGAAGUUCGAAAUAUGAGCUAGAAAUUAGUUUAGAAGCAGUUAACAUACUUAAGCAGUAUUUGAGCAGACAGGGACACGUCCUGAUCCUAAAUAUUUUUCAAACUUGGAUCUACUUAGAUAUAGUUGAUAUAAAGGCAGAAGAAGGAAAGGGGAUGUUCAAUUUGCAAGAGGUUGUAGAAGAUAGAGUUGACCCUUCGACCAGUAAAGAAGUAAGCAUUCAACGUAGCAUAAAACAAGAAGACGCCGGAGAAGGGACAAGUAAAUCAUCAAAGGGCACAACCGUGCAUUUGAGACAGCUAAAACAUUCAGUUCAUCGGCUGAAGAAAAUCGAGACGCCGAUUCGGACCAUGAAAAUUAGCGAUCCAACACAAAGCCUCGCUUGUGGCUCCAUGGAUCACACAGAAUGCCACGUUGUAGCUGGCUUCAAUAAUACGACAAUAAAAAUUUGGCAAUUGGACAAAAAAACAACGGCGGGCAGAAGUUUGUACAAAAAAUCUAAAGAAAAUUUUUGUGAUUGGAAUGUAAGUAAGUUAGUGGAAGAAGAUGAUAGUUCCUCGGACAAUGAACAAUGCUCAAAUCUCAAUCCAUUACGGAGUGCACCGUAUUCGUAUAAGGCAAUCAGAAGGAAAGAAUAUUACGAUCAAAAGUGUGAUGACAAUUCCUUCGAUGAUUUUGGUGGAGUGACUCUUCGCGGACACAGCCGAGGAGUUACCGAUGUAGUUUUCUCUUCACAUCAUCCGUUGUUGUUUAGCGUAUCGAAAGAUUCAACGAUGCGCGCAUGGAAAGCGGAUAAUUAUUCAUGUGGAGCGAUAUACAGAGGCCACAACUAUCCCAUCUGGUGUGUAAGCGAAAGCCCUAUUCCAAAUUACGUUGCAACUGGAUCUCGAGAUUUUACAGCGAGGCUUUGGUCAGCCGAUCGGGAGUGUCCUCUGAUCACCUACGUUGGGCAUACACAAGAUGUUGAGUGCAUCGCUUUCCAUCCAAAUGGCAAUUACUUAGCAACCGGUUCUUGUGAUAUGUCUGUUAGACUUUGGUCGAAAACCGACGGAAAAGUUUUACGAGUGUUUGCUGAUUGUCGAUUUCCAGUAACUUGCAUUGCAUUUAGUCCAAACGGAAAACUCUUGGCUGCUGGUGGCGAAGAAACGAAAAUCCGAAUAUUUGACUUAGCUGGCGGUUCACAACUGGCAGAAUUGAGGGAUCAUUCGGCCUAUGUUUCAAGUAUGGCAUGGAACUCGUCAAGUACCAAGUUUGCUUCAUGCUGUGUGGAUGGUAGUGUACGGGUUUGGGAUGUUUCGAAGAUGACGACCAGUGAUGCGCCAUCACAGUCGUCCUCAUUAUCGACUAGUACCAGGCUUUUAUGGCACAUGUCCGGAUGUAAACGUUUAGUGAAAGUGCUGUUUCAUUCCACCGACAAUGUGACGACGAUUGGUGGGACGUGAACGAUAAUUUUAAGUUAUUGUAAAAAGACUGUAAGUUAUUCUAUAUUUUAACUAAUGUUAAUUUAUAAUAAAACCUAAUUGAA